AUCCACCCCCCUCAGCCUCCCAAAGUGCUAGGAUUACAGGCAUGAGCCACCGCACCUGGCUGUACCAGGGUUUUCUAUUGAGUUUCUUGCCAAGGGUGACUUCCAAUAACAACCUCCCCUUGCACUUUGCUUAGGACUGGAAAGCUCAGGCAGCGCAGGGUGAAUAAAAGCCUGAGUAGUGCAGUUCCCAUGGAGGGGCGGGGGGGGGCCACAAGGUGGGCAGCAGCAGGGAUGGGUAUUGUGAGGCGUUGGGGGGGUGCUGUGGGGCUGGACAUUGUGAGACACUAGCCUGACCUGGCUGUUUCCUGGUAACCAGGUGACAUAGGAAGCUUUGUGGAUUAUAGGCAUCAGCCAGGGCCAGCAACCCUCAGUCAGCUGGCAAUGGAGGGAGGAGGAGCUCCGACUGUGCUCUUUGACGGCAGUUUUUGUGCCUCUCGGCACUUGUGUUCGUUUAUUUUUCAAAGAAGACAGCAGGUCCCCGACCUCGUAGACCAGCUAGUUUGGGAGGUGGUGGCAGAAUAAGGGCUGAGGCCCCAGAUCUGCCUGGGGUCAGGCUGCUUCUAAAAGUGCAAGGCCACCCUCAGUAGUAUGGCUGCCAGGGCAACAUAGUUACAAUUUCAUUGAAGGCUGAGGCAGGAGUGGAGAGGCGUGGAGAGGCCCCAUGGGGAAUAUACUGACCUGUUGUAUCAGCUCCAACUGUGGCUGGUGCAGGGGGAAGGAGGCACCCUGUUAUGAAUCUGAUAUUUAUGAGGCUGUGGCUGUUGCAACAUCAGAAUCCACUACUGUAGAGCCUGGCAAGCUGGAUGUGGGAGCCACGGAGGGCCAAGACCUGCAGCACAUCAGCAACCAAAAGACGCCCACAGGUCCCCCUGAGGACCGCCUGAGUUUAAAAUUUCUACCACCAAGUGAGGAAGACGAUGAUGCCAAGAUUUUACCAUCACCUGUCCAGGGUUCUUCUGAGGACAACCUGAAUUUAGUAUGCCCACCACGAAGUGAAGAUUAUGAUGGUGAUGAUAUUGAGGCCCAGCUUUUACAGUUACCUGUCCUGGGUGGCUGUUACCAGUUUGAUAGCAGUUGUUGUUCUUCUGAGGACAAGCUGAGUUUAGUAUGCUUACCACCAAGUGACGUUGAUGAUUUGGAUGAUGAUGUUGCUGAGGCCCAGAUUUUACCAUCACCUGUCCAGGCUUGGCCGGAGGACCGCCUGUUUUUAAGAUGCUCACCACAAUGCAAAGAUGAAGAAGAUGAUGAUGAUCAUCUUGAUGCCCACAUAACAGCUCAGAAAGAAAACGACUUGACGCUGGAGAGUCUAAGUGAUGAGGAGAUUCAUCCAGUAGAGACAAGGUCUAAAGAUGGCCCGUUUUUAAGAUGCUCACCACGAUGCAAAGAUGAAGAAGAUGAUGAUGAUGAUCUUGAUGCCCACAUAACAGCUCAGAAAGAAAACGACUUGACGCUGGAGAGUCUAAGUGAUGAGGAGAUUCAUCCAGAGUUUCUUGGCAUCAUGGUAAGAACUGUCUCUAUGGGCUAUGAGGGUGCUGCGUUCAUGAGAGAUUAUCUUUGCAGUGCACCGGCUCUUUUCUGCCUGUGGAACAUCAGAGCCUUUGGUUUGGAUUAGUCAACACUCCUUGGGAUUGUGCCCAAGGGGUGUAGGCUUAAGCACUGGGUGUCAUCUGUGAUGAAGGGAAUCUGGGGGAUGCAACUCUCUCACAGGUAUUUCCUGGAACCUAGAGAAACAGUCCUUGUGCUGUGUGCCAAGGGGAAAUCGAGAAUCACCGUCUGAACUUUCAGGACUUGUUAGUGCACAUUCAUGUUUCUGUCCUCACUGUGCGCUCUUGGUUUAAAGGGAUCUCCCGGGGUGGAUGGUGGAGUGAAUAUUCACUCUGGGCUCACUGGUAAAACUCCAGUCUCCUUGGAAGGGAGGAGGAAAGUUUGACCUUGAGCACAUUUCCAGGCUCCACUUCCCAACUCACUCACAGAUUCUGAGAUGAGGCUUCUUUCUCCCCAGUUCUCUACUUUGUGGGGAAGCCAGGAGUUCCUUCCCACAAAAGAUAGUAUCACACUGUUUCCUGUCUUCAAAAAUUUGGCUUUGGUUUUGUUCUUUAAGUUGAUAUUGAUCACUUAAGUUCUAGACUUUUCUUUUUCAUUCUUUUUUUUUUUUUUGAAACGGAGUCUUGCUCUAUCACCCAGGCUGGAGUGCAGUGGUGUGAUCUCGGCUCACUGCAAGCUCCACCUCUGGCGUUCUCGCCAUUCUCCUGCCUCAGCCUCCUGAGUAACUGGGACUACAGGUGCCCGUCACCACGCUUGGCUAAUUUUUUGUAUUUUUGGUAGAGAUAGAGUUUCACCAUGUUGACCAGGCUGGUGAUGCACUCCUGACCUCAGGCGAUCUGUCCACCUCAGCCUCACAAUGUGCUUGGAUUAUAGGCAUGAGCCACUGUGUCUGACCAGGGUUAUUUUUAAUAUAAUUGUAGCUAUGUCAAGUAAUGGUGUUUUGAGUAUUUUUGUCAGUGGUUUUGGAAUAAUACCAGCACUCACUUCUGUGGAGUAGAAUGUUAGAAGGGGCAUAUCUUUCACUAUCAUAAAUAAUGCCAAACUUUUUCCAAAAUGAUAACACCAAUUCAUGCUCCUCUAACAGCAUAUGUGAGUAGCCAUUUCUCCAAAUCCUCGUGGGCUCUUAGUUUUGUCUCUUUCUAAAAAUUCCAUCACUGUGGUUAGGCUUUCAUUUGUAUAACGUAUUACUUAAGAUGUUUACCAAAAAGAAAUGUUGUUUUACUCUAAUGAUGCAGCGCAGUAGAUUUGUUUACACCCGCCUCACCACAGACAUGUAAUGCAUUGCGCCGGCAUUCCAACAGUUACGACUUGGCAAAAGGAAAUUUUCAGCUUUGUUACAAUCUUACGGGACCACUGUCAUACAUGUGGUGUGUCAUUGACCAAAAUGCCAUUCUGCUACAUAUGACUGUAGUUAAUAAGCAGGUGCUUAAGAAUGAAAAUAAUAACAGCUAUAAAUUGAGUAUAUGGGCACUUCUGUAUGUUGCCUCCUUGAAGUGUCACAAUCACUUUGAGACAGAAUUAGUUUUGUUAUAGUCAUUAUACACAUGAGGAAUGUGAGUCUCAGUUAAGUAAAUUACUCAGGAUAGACACCAAGAGCUGGAUCUCUUUAACACCAAAGGCUACUCUAUAAACUAACAUGCUACACCACCUGUACUGGCAAAGUAGACUUACCAUAAAAUGAAAUUUGCUUCCACAGCUGGGCGUGUGAGCUCAGUGAGGCUGCUGUUACCCAUUGCUCCAUGGGUCAGAAAUUGGUCUUGCUGAAACUUGGCUGGAGAAGCUGUUGGCUCAGGGAGUGAAAAGUUACUGACAGGUUAUAUGAGUGCAAUUGAAGGAUUAUGUGUCCAUAGAGUAUGUGGUGGAAUGAGAACAGAGAGAAUCAAAGAGAAUCACCCAGAGCAGGACUCCGUCUCAAAAAAAAAAAAAAAAAAAAAAAAAAUUGCCCAUCUAAUAGGUUAAAAAUUAGAUAUAGUCAACCGCACUGGGUCUCUGUAUAAAAAAAAAAAUGUGCUUUUAAAUAGAAUUUUGUACGAAGUUCUUUAGGCAAAUAAGUAAAAAUGGAAGGGAAACCUAACAGCAGAGAGCAGCCAGGACCACAGUUGCCUGUGGAUGCAGAGACUGUGGUGGAGCCUGGAAUGCACCAAAGACCACGAGUCCCCGCGGGCAGUGAGUUCAGUGACAGCAUCGCCAAUUGUCUGAUCGGCAGGCACCCCAGUAGCACAUGGACAGAACAGGGAGGCCUAAGAUGAGUCCAGGCCAUGGAAGGUCUCCAGUGAGGGGAUCUUGAAAGUUGUGAAAAGCAUCCUGGAGGGGGAGGUAGUCCUGCAGCUUAGUGGUCCAGUUUCCCGCACUGGUCUUACUUGGUAUGGCAUAGAGGUGCUCACACAGCAGCCCCCAGUAUCCUCCCACUUCCCUAAAAGCUUAAACAUACCACGAUGUGUAUCAGUUGCUUAAAGAGCACAAUAGCACAUUACUGAAAAACCAAAAUUGCAGAGAAGUGGCCUCAUUUCCUGGAAAUGUUUCAGGGAGGGGUAGGUGGUGAGGCUUCACUGGGGAAAUGCUGAUGACCAAAGAAAGAUGAGGCCUGAGGACUGGUGGUUAGGCUCAGCCACAUGGAGUCCACGUCAUGCCCUGCAAGAGCAAUCUGGUGGGGUGGUGCUGGGGAGGGGAGAGGGCCAGGGCCACAGAGCCUGUGGAGGGAUUCAGAACCAGAGGGCUCCUCAGAACGGGCAUAGGAGAUGGUCUGUAAGGACCUGUCCCACUCCAGUGAUGGCAUGAGGGAUAGGGAGGGAGGAAAGCAGCCCCACAUAGGAGGACGCCCAGGGUCGGGAAGCAGGUCUCAGGAGAGCUAGGUUUCAGUCCAAGCAAGAAAGGAAAGAAUGUUCCAGGGAGAGGCUGAGGCCCUGGGGCCUCCGGAGGGCUUGGAAAAAAGAUUUCAGCAGAUGGAAUCAGAAAAGGAGUAUUUGGGGCCAUGAAGGGGAGGUGAGCUGAGCUUCUUGCAGCCCCUGAUGCAAACAGGGAUGAAGGACAUAAUGAGAUUAGUCCUGAGUCUGAGGCAGAGAGCGGUGAGGAGGCUGUGAGUUUGGGAAGGGAGGGAAGGGCCUGGCUGAGAGAAGGCAGGGUUCUGGGCCCUCUACAGUCCUGCCAGGGAAGGUCAGAGCCCAGAGAGGCCCAGGGCUCCCUCCUUGUACCUGCACAAACAGGUGUACCCCUGGUCAGGGGGUGCUCUGUAGACUGCUGUGGAGUGAGGGAGCAGCUUCUCCUGGGCAUAGGACCCCAGGCACCUGCAGGAUGCAGGACUCCAGGCUCCCUCAGAUGCCUGCUGAUGGGUCUCUUCUGAGGGGCCAUAAACUGGCUUCCUGGGUACCCACAAUGUACAAGGCACUUAUUUUCAGUGUGAUGCCCCGGCACUGCCAAAAUCAUACCCAUUUAAGAUAGGCACAAUUACUAGCCCCACUUUAGACCUAGGAAAACUGAGGCACUGAGCAGUUAAUCAACUUGCCCCAGGCUCCAUAGAUAAACAGUCAGUGUAGAGGUGGGGUCUCAACACAGCAGGCUCCCUCCAUAGUGUGGGCUUAUAGCCACUGGCUGUCCCUCUGCCCUUGUCCAGCCUCAGCUGUCUGGGGUGGCAGUUUGUGCCUUUGGGCUACAGUUGAACGACCAGUUGCCUCUUCCAGGCUGGCUCCCAUACCUCUCCCAGCAGCAGCUUCUUAAAUCCCAGAAGCUGAUAAUGGUGUGGUAAAUGGGCCUUGGAGAAUGGGGGCAAGGGUAUGGUGCUGAGGACUUCUAGGUCCCAACAUAGGCUGUGUUCCUGGCCCUCCCCUUGUAACAGAGGCACCUCUGUCCCUGGUCAUUGGAGAUGAGUUCCUGCAUCUCUAAUUUCUCCUCAGCGUGGACUGCAGAGGCGGGAGCCCAGGAGAUCCUUGCGUGGAGGCUGCUUAGUGGGAUGAUGUCAUAGUGCACAAAGCUGGGAGCCUGCCCUCACUGAAAAGGGAUUGUCUCUUCUUCAUCCAGGGUGAAGCCCUUCUGUGGAGCCGACCAGGGUGCUGACCCAAAGGGCAGGCCCGCGUGUGCUGCAGGGUCCCCAGCUUUGCCCCUGGAGGUCUCAGUCCUUUCAACGUUCUGAGGAAAACUGUUGGCCCCAACAGACAGCAAAACUCCAAGGCCACCUCCCACCCAUCCCCAGCACUGGGUUUGGCCUGUACCAUCCAGGACCUGGUGCUUCUGGGCCUGGCAUUUCGCCUUUGGCAGGAGAGUGAGAAGAGACGUGACCGUGGUCCAGGAAUAGAAAGUGCCAUUCCAACUUGAAAUAAAGAGACUGAGCGCAUUUAUUCAGGUGCAGAGGUGGCUGAUCAGGUCUGACCCAAUGAGGGGCUCAGGGUUUCCACUCAAUGACAUCGAUGGCGAUCUGAGUCACCUUCUAUAAGGCCUUGCCCUCAUAAGCCUUGCUGUCAGAGUCCUCCUCCAGGACACGGAAGGUGUGCAAGUGUGCCUGCAGGACCUUGCAGCCCUCAGGGGCCUCUGGCAGCAUGGUGAGGGCCUUGGUGGCCUUCAGGCACACCCUGCCCAUGGGUGAGUGUAGCAGCUUCAGGAGCAGGCUGAUGGCUUGUGCGUCCAGGGCCACGUACUUCUCGGCAGGCCACCAACACAGGGAAUUUCUAACAGCCUAUGGGGGCCUCUUCUCACUCUCUGUCACCCUAGCCCUCUUUUGACCCUUGUGCCUGCAGAGUCUCAAGGGGAGGUGCCACCCUGUCCCCCUGCUGCAGGGAUUCCCUGAUUCAUUCACGCAACGAGACGCUGAGGCAAGAGCUGGGUUUCCCCCUCUCAGCACUCUUUUGGGCCAGGUAAUUCUCAACUUGGGGCCAAAGCUCCCCUGCUGUGACCUUUGGGUCUGGAGCAGCAAACUGAGCAAAGCCUUGUCCUCAGGAGCUCCCCUUGGGGAUGACACAGAAAGUGAUGGCAACUGUGGUGAUCACUCACAGUGGACACAGGAGGAUGCGGGGAGGCUGGGGAGGCUGCAGUUUCAGAGAGAAAGUUCUCUCCUGGAAAGCCACUCUCCUGGUCCCACGGAAAGGGACCUCUGUGCAAACCUAAGAAUGAUGGGGCUGGGAUGGGGCCUGGGAACAUGCAUUUCCACAGACCACCCAGGGUCUGGUUCAGGGGCCACACUUGGAGAAAUAACUCACCCGGGCCUCUAAUGAGAUUCUCAGAAGAAAAAGAAGCCUGGACGUAGGGAAGGCAAGAGGCCCCCCCCCAGCAAGGGGACAUGGCCACGGCCAAGGCAGGGACUCGGGGUCAGUGACUGGCCCAUCCUCACGAUGAAGGGCCCAGUGUGGUAACAGCCCCCAACCAUCACAAGCUCCAAGUCUUUGUGCUCCCCCAGUUUUGAGGCCAGGAUGUAGAUUGUGAUCCUACGUGACCUGGGGCACUGUGCCUCCAUUUCCUCACCUGUGAAGGCAGACAUCACCUCCCUGGAGGGUUGUCUAAAUGUGAGGUUUGGAGACAAUGCCUGGUGCACAGGAGCCACUCAGUGACCAAUGGGUAUCAGGAUCGUCACCAGUGCUUCUCUUGUUCUUGCCUUCCUCAUGGGGUGGAGGUGCCAGACCCUCUCCUGCAUCCUCCUGCAGGCAGGGGCCAGCGGGUCCAGGAUGAGCUCCUGGAGCUGCUCCUCCCUCUGCAGCUUCCAUAUCAGUGAGUGGAUCAGACACGACAGGAAAGGGCACUGAGGGUGGACCGGCCACACCCCCUCCCAUGCUGGUUGGCCUGCAGGGCUCAGGAAGGAUUUUGCAGAGCAACUGGGUGGGUUUGAAAAAAGAACUUGCAAGUUCCCCAUCACCCCCCGAAGCUGCCUGGCCAGGGGCCUGAGAAGUCAGCAGGAGGCUGUGGGUGGAGCCAUGUCAGGGGCUGAGUGAGAGGGCAGGCGCAGAGGACCCAGGGAGGGCCAGCAUUUGGUCGCUGGCAUCUCAGGGGGCAUCUGCCAUAGCAGGGCACAGUGGCCUGAGAGGCAGCAGCCACCCCUGGGAGAUCCGGCAGCUCACUGCUGUGGGGCCCAGGCACACCAGGAGACCCUCCGCUCUUCCCUACCACUGUCCCAGACUAGGGGAGCCAAGAAAUUCCCCCCUUCCCACCCAAAAUAUUUCAAAGGAGUUGGAGACUCGCCUGGUCAGACCAGCCCUUGAGCUUUGGUUCGACUCUGAGAUGGAAGACCUCUCAGAGUUGUAGGACAGUGUCUCACACACCAAAAAGAGCUGUGCGCCAACUAAAGCCGAUGGGAAGCCAUAGGCUCUGGCCAAGGGGUCUUGAAGGGACCUCAGGCUCUGUGGGAGGGGGGGCUCCACAUGGCACAGCUGGGUUGCAGGUACUGGCAGAAGUACAAUGAGGCAAGUUUCCCCCAUAAACAGGCCCCACCUGGCUCCUCCCAGCUGGAGCUGGAAGCCUGGAGGGGAAGUGGUUGGUCCAGCCCCGAGAGUUUUGUGGGGCAGGUAAGGGUUGAGAGAUUUUAUGGAAUGUGGAGGAGACAAUCCAAAGGGGUGAGGAGGAACAUCAACCCCUAGAGGGGCCUGGGUAGACACUAGCUUUCGCUAAAGAUUUACUAUUUUGUCUAUCAUGAACUUGUUUGAGUUAAAUUUUCGUUUUUUUUUUUCUUUUUUGAGGUGGGGUCUCACUCUGUCACCCAGGCUGGAGUGCAGUGGCAUGAACUCAGCUCACCGUAACCUCUGCCUCCCAGGUUCAAGUGGUUCUCCUACCUCAGCCUCCCAAGUAGCUGGGAUUAAAGGUGCACACCACAAUGCCCAGCUAAUUUUUUUAUUUGUAAAGAUGGUAUUUUGCCAUGUUGGCCAGACUGAUCUUGAACUCCUGACCUCAAGUGAUCCACCUGCCCCAGUCUCCCAAAGUGCUUGGAUUACAGGCAUGAGCCCAUAAUUAGCCCGUGCUUGGCCUAAUUUUUAUUUUUAAAUAUCACAUCAAAAUAUUAUUUACCUUGAUUACUGAGCUUUCUGGCCCCUCUUAAAUUUGGCACCAAGGCCAGCAUCUCACUGGCCUCCCCCCAGCCCUCUGGCUAGGGCAGGAAUGGAGGCAGGGGCGGGAAUGGAGGCAGGGGCAGGAUGUCCACAGGGGAUGCAGACGCCGUCCCCACAGGGCACCCAGGCACCUCCUUUCUCCUCUCCUCUCUCCCUCCUCCUCCCACUAUGUAUGUGCCACCUCCACGCCCUUUCCCCCACUGGGCAGGGGCCACCUCCCUGAGCACCAGGUGGUGGGAUCCAGCUGAUGUUGUGGGGGCCUUCCCUGGGGUCUCUUGGUCACUAGACUUCAGCCAGGGUCACCUCCUAGGACUGACUCCUAGGAAACCCAAGCCCACACAGGGUGCAGGUGCCUCUGAGGGAAAGGCCCUGGGAAGGGCCUGUGGGGGGACAUGGUGCAGCCCUUCUCCCUGUGUGACCCCAGUCCUUGCCCUCUGUGUGUGGUGGGAGGUCCCCAGACAAAGCACUGAGCAUCUGGGUUCAUUUACAACCUUCUGGAUCACAAUGGUGUGUUCAUCACUGGUGAACUUUAUACCUCAGGUGAUAAUAAUUUCAGGGACAGAACCUCCAUCUUGGUGGCCUCAUAGGCAGGUCCUGCUGUGAUCCCCAUUGUACAAAUAGGGAUAGAGGCCAGAGAGGUGAGGCGACCCGCCCAAGUCACUCAGCUCAUAUCACAGAGCUGGCAGAGUUCAUGAGUACCUUGGACAAUUGCACCAAAUGCAAUGGACUGGGACAACUAGAUCAAGAUGUAAUUUCACAGAAAUAAAGGGAAGGCCAUCUACUUUAUUCCAAAUAUCAACUCUGAAAGGAACCAGGUAAUAAAGAUAGUGUCAGCUUAGCAGCACUACUGAUUGAGAAAGACAUAGGGUUUUAGUUAGUCCAACUCCAGCUCUUCCCUCUUCCUGUCCCGAGCUGAUGGAGCUGACAUGUGCACCUCUGCAACCUCAGUUUCCCCUUCUGCAAAGUGAGGGUUCCUGAUUGGUGAGGGCCUUGCAGCCUGAUGCCCACUCCUGCAGUAGCUGUGGUGAGGGCUUCCAUGAGGAAAGCUGACCCUGUGCAACACCAGCAGUCCAGCAGUCCCUCUGUCAGGGGAGGGUUAAAACUAGUGGGUGCCAGGCUGGGACCGGGGUCUCAGUGUCCUGCAGGGACUUCUAGGCAAGGAGUCUCCAUCAGGGUUAGGCUUUGUGCCAGGGCUGAGGUCCUGGAGGAACCAGACUUAACCCAACUCAAGUCCACAAAAGGAGGGGUCAUGUGAGGUGACAGCCAUAUGCAGUGUGAUGCUUGCAGGACAGAGACUGGGACAGGGAAAGCCCGAGGGGUCUCCACAGAGGAUUAGUGACAGGUGCAGGGGACACCUGGCAGGGGACUCCCAGGCAUAGAGCCUCAAGAAGCUCCCAGGCGGCCCACAGGGCUGGAGCAAGUGAGUCCUGGGGCCAAGGCGGUCUGAGAGCAGACUAGACAGGUGCCAGGCCCAGACCCAGAGAACUCAUCCCUGGAGGACAGACUCAUCUGGGGAGUCCUGGAGGCUGUUUGCAGGGAAUUGACGAGACCAGAGUUGGAUGGGUGGGCAGGGGUGGGAAUCCAGUACUAGAGACACCCCAGGGAGGGUGUUGUGGUGACCCAGGCAGUUCGACUGAUAUGAGGACAGAUUCAGGAGAAGGGGGAACAGGAGAGGGAAGAGCAAGGACAGCCCUGGGCUUUGCUGAUGAACAGUUAAGAGAACACUGUGAUCAUGUCAGCACAUUCUGUAUUUUAAACCAAAUGCCCAAGGGAAGUGGUGGUCUGCAAAGCGUCCCCAGAAGGCAGCAAGGGCUUGGCUUGGUCUCCCACAAGGCCAUCCACUCAUCGACUUGCUCAUAAAGGCUUACUGAAGGCCAGGCUGGGGGACACAGGGAGGAUGGGCCAAACGGAAGGGGACUGUGCAGUCAGGAGGACAGAUCAUGGCCCAUUUUUGGAGCAAUAAAGGGGGAGGGGGUCCCCCCUCUGCAGUGGGGGGAUGCCAAUACUGGUCUCACAGAUCAAGCAGCACUGGCUGGUGAUGGGCGCCCCUCAAAGGCAGCAGUGCCAGUGGAGAGGACACCAAGGGCUGUGGCGGGGAGCUCCCGGGGGACACGGAGGGAGAGGCUGACAGACAACAGGGUCCUUGUGGCCCGCCUUUAUCCUCAGAUCCAGGAGGAGUCUUUGGAGGGAUUUGGGUAGGAGACUGAUCAUCAGAUUUGUGUGUUUCUGAUGAGAGGCUGGUGUAGACCAGAUUAGAGGAGGGAGGCCCGGGGCGGAGAGUGGGGUUAGCCAGGUCCGGGGGAGGUGAGGAGCCGGGAGGAGGCACAGGUUUAAGCCACCCAGGGGCCCAGAUUGCUGUGAAAUGGGAGGGUGAAGCUGAAUUGGGGGCACCAGAGGUUGAUGGGGAGUAGCGGGCAUUCUCGGCGGCUGCCCGAGGGAGACUGGAUUUCAGAAACAUGUAUGAAAAAUCAUAAAAAUGUACAUUCCUUUUAAUCAAGUCAUUCCACUUCUAGAAAUUUGUCUUGGGGAGAUAAAACUUCAGCUAAAAAUUCUUAAUGUGUGGGAGGCUGAGGUAGGAGAAUCGCUUGAACCUGGAAGGCGGAGGUUGCACUGAGCCAAGAUUCUGCCACUGCACUCCAGCCUGGGUGACACAGCGAGAGUGUCUCAAAAAAAAAAAAAAAAAAAAAAAGUAAAUGUGUUCAUGGAGGGAAAAGUGGAAACAGCUUUAAUGUCAAACAGUAGGGGGAGGUAAAAUAAACUUACAUCUAUGGUAGGAAACAUUAAACAUUUAAGAUAAAUAUGUUUUUGACAACUGUAAUGACAUAAUAAACAUUUUAAAACAUUUAAACAUUUGAAACAUUUCUACUUUAAUUUACAGUAAAGUUUGCUCUUUUUGGUGCAGCUAAUAAAACAGUAUAAUUUUUUAAAAAUCAUUGACUCAUGUAACUAUCACAAUUGAAAUACAGAAUAUUUCCACCCCCCCAAAUUUCUUUAAGCACCCCUUUUUUAGAGACACAGUCUCACUCUGUCACCCAGGCUGGUGUGCAAAGGUGGAUCUCGGCUCACUGCAACCUCUGCCUCCUGGAUUCAAGUGAUUCUCUUGCCUCAGCCUCUCAAGUAGCUGGAAUUACAAGUGUGGUCACCACACCUGGGUAAUUUUUGUAUUUUUAGUAGAGAUAGGGUUUCGCCAUGUUGACCAGGCUGGUCUCAAAUUCCUGGCCCCUGUUCUCAGCCCUUAUGUUCCUUUUAUAGUCAAACCCUUUCUGGACCCCAACCAUGGCAAUCACUGAUCUCUUUCUGACCCUAUACUUUUGCUUUUUGCAGAAUAUCAUAGAAAUGCAAACGUUAAGGAUGUGACCGUUUUUUAAACUUUUUAUUUUGAGAUAAUCGUAGUUUUUCAUGCAGUUGUGAGGGAUCAUACAGAGGGAUCCUAGGCACUCGGGCCAGUUCCCUCAAGGGUAGCACCUUGCGGCUACAGUAACAGAUCACAGCCAGGAGACUGACAUUGAUACAGCAAGAACAGAAGGGUUCCCUCCCAAACAUCCCUCAUGUUGGCCUUUCACAGGAACACUCACUUCCCACUGUCCCAAACCCCUCCUUAGCCCCUGGCAACUGCUAAUGUGGUCUCCACUUGUAUAAUUUUGUUAUUUCAAGAAUGUUCUGCACAUGGAAUUAUACAGUAUAUGACUUCUGGGGACUGGCUUUCUCCUACUCAGUAUAGUUUUCUGGGUGUUCCUCCAGGUGGCUCGGUUGCAACAUAGUUUUUUCCUUUUUAAUGCUGAGUAGGAGUCUAAGUAUGUAACCUUCUGAGUCUGGCUUCCUGAGUUCAGUGUAACAAUGUUGCAAUUCAUCCCAGUUGCCUUAUGGAUCAAUAGUUUGUUCCCUAUUAUUGCUGAGUAUGAUUCCAUUUUUGAAGGUAUCACAAUGUGUUUAGCCAUUCACCAGUUGAAUGACAGUUGGGCUAUUUCCGUGUGUGUGUGUGUUUGUGUGUGUUGUGUGUUGCGUGUGUGUGUUGCGUGUGUGUGCGUGUGUGUUGUGUGUGUUGCGUGUGCACGUGUGUGAGCGUGUGUUGCGUGUGUGGCGUGUGUUGCGUGUGCGUGUUGUUGCGUGUGUUGCGUUGUGUGCGUGUUGCGUGUGUGCGUGUUGCGUGUUGCGUGUGUUGCGUGUGUUGUGUGUGUGUUGCGUGUGUUGUGUGUGAGUUGUGUGUGUGUGUGGUGUGUUUGUGUGUGUGUGUGGUGUGUGUGUGUGUGUGUGGUGAGUCAAACCAGAUGUUUCUGCUUCUUGCCAAUGGUGAAUAAAACCAGUAUAAAUAUUUGCAUACAAAUUUUUGUUUGAACGUCAGUUUUCAUUCCAUUUAGAUAAAAACCUAGGAGUAGGGUUUGCUUGAUAUGCAUAAGCACAUGCUUAUUAGAAAUUGUCAAAUGGUUUUUAGAGGGGAGGCUGCUGGGGGUGGGGACAUUGGGGUAUAGGAGAGUUCUGCUAAUGAAGCUUCCAACAACCCAGCUGGAAAAUGGGCCUGUGUCCUGGCACUGAGGUGCCCAAGCCCUGUGCCCAGACCUGAGCUAGACAGGGUCUCAAGAUCACAGUCAGUCAAGGGUAAGAAGCGGCAUCUUCUGCUCCAGAAGCUUCUGUUCUUGCAGGCCCUGCCCCCUCCUCAGGGCUCCGCAGGAACUGUUCAAAAUGCUGGGUGCUGUGCAAACUGUAGGGCACAGCCAGAUACUUGGAACUCAGAGGGACCCAGGGUGGGCAGGAUUGGCCGAAGCUAGAAGUGGGUCCCUACAGGUCACACCCCACCUGCUGCCUCCAGACCUUGGACAUUUCAGGGGGGGGCUGGGCCAGUUACAGGGAGGGAAAAGGAAAUGGGGACCCUUUGAAUUGCUGCGCUGGGACCCUAAGGUCUUGGGUAGUAACAAGGAACCUGGAAGCAUAGCUGUCCCCAAGAGGCCUUCCUGGGUCCCUCCUCCAUGGACAGGACUUAAAGACUGGACAGUUACUCAUCCAUUUUUCCAUCGGUCUGUCCAUCCAUAUAUCUGCCCAUGCACACACACAAACCCAUCCUUCCACAAGCCCUUUGAGGCCUCCUAUACAGGAGGACCUAUAUAGGAUCCUCAGCUCCUGAUGUCCCAGGCAAGGCAGGAUCAGCCUAGCCCAGCCCCAGGUGAGACCUGAAGUGUGCCUGCUCAUGCACCGUGGGAGAAGGGGGCUGUGGCACUGGGGUCCCUUGGGAGUACUUGUCCCUGCUCAGUCCAGAGCUCAGACUGCAGAUGAGACCCUCUGUGAAGAAGACAAGGGGCAGGGGAUACUGGGGAUUCCAUGUCAGCAAAGGUGGCCUGGUGGCCAUGGCAACCUCAGACAGGCCUGGGAGCUUGAACCAGGGCUGGAGGGCAGAGGGAGGAAGUGCAUGCUUGAAGAUGGGUGUGAGCAAAGGCACAGGAGUGACCUUAGCACCCCUUCUCUCAACAGGGAUAUGGCAGGUACACAUGGGCCCCCACGGAACCACCCUGAAGGAUCAUCUCAGAGACCCUAGAACCUGUCUGCCAUGCCACCUGCCCUGCCACCCUGCUCACCACCUAGAAAUUCCUUCCAUUCUGCCAUAUGGCUGGGCGCUGCACUGGGCCAGGCCUUCAUGGGGGCAGGGGACAAGGGAGAGAAGGGGUCUGGGCCGUGAAUUGGACACAGACAGUGACCACCUGGUAAAGAAGACUGAAUGAGCAGAGGAUGCAGGGAGGCAGGUCCAGGGCAGGGCCCUGCGGGGUGCACAGGAGUUUUCUGGGGUGGACGGUAGACCAGGGCUGUGAACACGCACACUGGGCUGGGCCAGCAGGCUGACAUGUGCUAAGCCCCAGAGCCCUGCAGAGGGGCAGGAACAGGGUCCAGAGGGAGCAAGGCUGAGAAUAAAGGCCCUGAACGCCUCAGAUCUGGCUGGAUCUGCAACUCCUGAAGGCAGCUGCAUCCUGUGUUGAGACGCUAUUGAGUGGCCUUAUUGUCCCUGUACAUUUAUAAAAUACGGGACACGUCUUGUCUGUCUGAGCCACUCAGGGAUUCUGUGGGGCCCACAGACAGGAUCAUGGUCCCAUUUCACAGGUAGGAUAACAGGCUCAGAGCGGUUAAAUCCCAAAGGGGGCGGCAGAGCCAGCUCAAGGGUGCCCUGACUUUCAACCCAGGGCUUCCCAUCUGACAAAUGGGGAAACCAAGAUCAGGAGAGGAAGGGGCCUGCCCAAGCUCACAUCGGAGCACACCUGUACAGAGCACACCUGUAUGGAACACACUUGUAUGGAGGGCAACUGUACGGAGCACUGCCCUCUGCCAGGCACCAGAUAUGCUCAGGUGGGGUGACCUCCCUUUACCAUUCCCCAGCUCUGACCCCAUUUCAGGAAUGCAGAAAAGAGACCUCAGAGCAGAGUAAGGCCGAGUCAGGGCUACAGAGCCCGAUGGCCACCCCUCCCCUGAACGGCUAGGAGGAGGGAAGGCAGCUGGUGAAGGUCUGCAGGAGCCCAGAGCGUGUUCUUCCAAGUGGAGCCUCUGCUGUGGGAGCCCCAACCACAGGGUCAGACAGAAAAGGGGUCCCACCCAAGCUCAGCCCUCAGCAGCCCUUGACCUUGGGUGGUUUGACUCCCUUCAGUGGGCCUCAGUUUCCUCCUCUGUACAGGGGGUGAUAACAACAGUCUCCCCACAGGUUGGUUUUGGGGAUUAAAUGAGAAUGCCUAGGGAGUACCAGGCCCAUGGGGACCCUCACCUACCCCCAGCCAUUGCUGUUAUCUCCUGGGUUAUUGCCCGGGCCUGUGGGUGACACACUGUGUGAUCCUGGGCAAGUGAGUGCCUUUCCCUCCCUGGGCCCAGCCUUCGCUCUGGUCAAGGAGAAGCUGGGUCAGGGACCCUGAGGGCCAGUCAUUUAGGAAACCAGUAGAUUCCUGGGUGAAGGGGUUGGCCGGGGAGGCCUGGAGGGGCAGCGAGGUCUGAGGCGAGAGUAGGGUGGGGGCCAGGCCAAGGGAUGGGGGUGGGGGAUUCACCUUCCCAGCUCUGGUGGCCCUGCCUGCAGCUGGCUGACCCUGGGAAUCCCCAGGCUAAGGUUAAUCUUAACAUUGACCUAAACCAGAACUCAGGGUGACAAGGGAAAAAAGUAAGGCAAGAAGCAGCCAAGGCUGCCACCUGGGAUGUGGGACAGGAGAAAAACAAGACAGAUGUGGCCAGGGAGAGGGGGAGCAUAUUUCAGGGCUGCACUGGGUGUUCAUGCAGCUCACAGGUGAGGGUGGAACAGCCCUCUCCCUACAUCCCACCCGCUCCCAGCCCCAGCCCCCCACCAGGCCUGAUGCUGCCCCCUGGCUGCCUUGCCACACCCUGAGCUCCACCUUGGGUCCUGGAGCUCUGGAGGACCUGACUUCAAGGGAUUUUACCUCCCCUUCCUCUUUGACUAAGGAGAAGCAAGAGGUGCAGCCUUUUCC